AUGAGCCAGGAUGCCCCUUCUUCUUCUAGACGUAGGGCUCGGCUGCCUUCCGAUGAUUCUGACUCAGAUGAUCAACCUUUAGCCCAAAGGCUUCGCCGCCGAGUCCCUCCUCCUGUGCCAGACUCAGGCCCGUACGCUAUCCCUUCUCCUUCACCUCCUGUGGCGGUCGCUUCUCCUCCUCCGCCUCCUAUUGCGACCCCGACUCCUAUUCCGCGCCAGGCCGAUGUUCCGCCUGAUCCCUCCACGGUUCCGGUUGAUCCUCCACCAGCUCAAGCUUCUCCGCCUGAGGUUCAGGUUGAUCCCCCGCUAGUUCAACCCUCCACCUCGUCACAACCUCAAAGCACUGAAGCUAGCCCCUUGCCGCGCCCUUCACCAGCUGCCUCACCUCCAGAGCCCUCUCCCAGCCUCAACUGCUGGGCCUUCCCAGCCACCCUCACCUAUUCAUCACCAUUAUCGUACCACUACUCCCUCUGA